AUGCCGAUUCUUUUUAGUGGGGUCCUGUCUGCCUACCUACACGUCCCUGCUGGUUUGGGAAGCAAUGAAGUGGUAAACAAGGGAAAGCUAUACAUAUCGAAGAGCAGUCCUGAGUGUGUAUUGGAGGCGUACUCUGUCCAGUUUCAGAAGGAUUUUUCAACGUUUUUGAAAUCAAGGUCUGAAGAAUUAGUCCAUGGCGGUCGCAUGUUCUUGUCUUUCAUGGGUAGGAGAUGCAGUGAUCCAACAACUGAGGAAAGCUGCUACCAGUGGGAGUUGUUGGCUCAAGCACUCAUGACCAUGGCUGGAGAGGAUAUUAUUGAAAACGAAAAAAUAGAUAGUUUUAACGCACCUUAUUACGCUCCAAGUUUCGAAGAACUGAAGUUAGAGAUUGAAAAACAAGGAUCAUUCGUCAUCGAUGAAGUUAAAGUAUUGGAAGUUGACUGGGAUGGAGAAAAUAAUAACAACGAAAAUUUCAUACUGAGAGGAGAACGAGUAGCGAACACUAUUAGAGCAGUUGUUGAAUCUAUGUUAGAAAGUCAUUUCGGAAAUCAUAUUCUUGAUGAAUUAUUUGAGAGAUAUGCACAACUUGUGGGCGAUUACUUGUCUAAUAAUUCAACCAAGUACAUCAACUUCCUACUCUCCCUUGUUAGAAACCACACUUAA